ACGCCGUCAUAUAUCGAGGAAUCAAAACCAUGGACUGGCUGCAGGCCCGCAAUUGCUCUCUAUAUACGCACCGCCUCGAUCGAUUCCUGUUCUCGUUCGCUCCACCUCCAAGCUCUUGGCACUUCAAGUCAACAUGGGAUUUGAUAAUGAGUGUAUACUGAACAUUCAAUCACUUGCUGGUGAAUACUUCUGUCCUGUUUGUCGUCUUCUUGUCUACCCCAAUGAAGCCAUACAAUCUCAAUGCACUCAUCUAUAUUGUAAACCCUGCUUAACCUACGUAGUAAGCACGACACAUGCCUGCCCCUAUGAUGGUUACUUGGUGACGGAAGCAGAUUCAAAGCCUCUGAUUGAAUCAAACAAGGCACUUGCAGAAACUAUAGGCAAAAUAGCUGUUCACUGUCUUUAUCACAGGAGUGGGUGUACAUGGCAGGGCACAUUUUCAGACUGCACCUCUCACUGUGCUGGAUGUCCCUAUGGUAAUUCGCCUGUUGUAUGCAACAGGUGUGGGGCCCAAAUUGUGCACCGCCAAGUGCAGGAACAUGCACAGAAUUGCCCGGGUGUGCAGCCACAGGCACAGCAGGCAGAGGGUGUUCAGGAUGCAACAACUGCCCCAAGUACAUCAUCCGGUGCUGAUCAGGUCCAAGCUGUUGCUCAAGCAGGGGCUCCUGCUUCUCAAGGCCAGCCUUCCCAGCCUACUGUAUCUUUGCCUUCUGGACAAGAACAAAAUCAAGCAAGUACAAAUGUUCAGACACAAGCUGUAAAUCAGGUUGCUCCAACACCAGAACAGUGGUAUCAGCAGCAAUCACAGUACCAACAAUAUUACCAGCAGUAUCCUGGGUAUGACCCUUAUCAACAACAGUAUCAGCAUUAUGAUCCAUAUCAACAAGCUUAUCAACAAUAUCAACAACAUCCUCAACAUGUACAAGGGCAGCAUCAACCUCAGGUCUACAUGCAGCCCCAGCCCCAACCACUCUCUCAGUCUCAACCCCAGCUACAGCCUCAGCCUCAACCCCAGGUCCAACCUCCAGCCCCCCUUGCACAUCCACAAGCCCCUGUGGCUGUGCAAACCCAAAUGCAAUCACAGAUUAAUUUGCAGCAGCAACUUCAACCUACUGCACAUUCACAACCUCAAAUCCAUCCACAAACUCAGCCACCAACCCAGGGGCAACAACCUCAACUAUAUCCCCAAACUCAGGUUCAAACACAGACUUAUCCAACUCAACCUCAUAUGCAACAAAAUCCACAGGUGCAACAUCAGCAAACCUUUCCCCAGAUUCAACAGCCUCAGCUCCAGCCACAACCCUAUGCUCAACCCCAGUCUCUUUCUCAUCCCCAGCAUCACUCCCAUCCCCAAGUUCCUCCUGCACACCCACAGCCACAGCAACAACCACAGCCUCAGCAACUUCCCCAGGUGCAGACACAACCUCAGACCAAGCCUCAUACUCAACACCAGCUCCCAACACAGCCUCAACCACCACAACCAUCAGUCCAUGCAGUGACUGGUCACCAGUCCUAUGUGCAACCUCAGCCUCAUCAGCAAAUGCCUCCAGUUGGUCCACAACAACAUCCUGCUUACAUGCACACUCAGCAGCAACCCGGUAUACCACACCAGCCACCUCAGCAUCCUGUUCAAAUGCAAAAUCAAUUUCCUCCUCAACAACCACAUCAGAUGCGACCACCCCAAGCUCAUAUGCCAGUGUAUCAGCAUCAGCAACAGCCAGCCAUGCCACUUCCACAAGGUCAACAUUCAAAUGCUGCUGCUCCUGCACAACUAUCUAUGCAUCCUCAUGCUCCUCAAUCAGGUCAACCAGUCCUUCAGCACCCAGGUGUGCCACCACCUCAACAGCAACAACAGAGUGUGCCACAACCACAGUUGCAAGGACAUUUGCAGCAUUCUCAGCCUUUUCCAGGACAAACACAUGGUUUGGUUCAUAAUCAGCCUCAUCAGCAAGGUGUUUUCAUGCAGCAGCAGUCCAUGCAGCCUCACUUGCGCCCUCAGGGUCCACCAUCCACACAGCAGCAUGUUCAUGCCCCUCUACAACCCCAUCUAUCUCAAAGUAACGCAGCAAGGCCCAUGAUGCCAAGUCAAGGAGGGGUGCAACAACCACCAUUCCUUCAGUCACCUGGUGGAGCUGCAGUAGUGGGUCAGAUUAAGCCAACACAUCUCAGUGCAAACCAGCCUUUACUAAAUCAAAAUUAUCCACCAACAACCAAUGCCCGACUGCAAUUAUCUUCUGAACAACAGCUUGGUUACAUGCAACAACCUCCACUUGCCCAAUCUGGGAACCAAAAUGCUUCUAUCCCUGCUUUGCCUGCCCCACUGCCUGGAUCAAAUGCACAAACACCUAAUAGAGCUACCACAAAACCAACUGUAUUUGAUAGACAAGGUGACACCUUGACUGAGAAAAGUACAACUGAACUUGAGGCUGAAGUAGUCUCUCGAAAUAUAGGUGGGAAGGAGGCAAAUGGCUCGGAGGCCAUGCUUUCUGAAACUGCAGAUUCAACAGAGGCAAAGAUCCAGAAAUCUGAAAAUGAUUUGAAGUCCUUGGUUGAUGAGGAGAAGCCAAACCAUAAUGCUGAAGAUAAGAGUAGCAAGCUGGAAGCAACUGUCAAAGAGAUAAGUGGCUCCUCCGAGACAUUGGAAGCAAAGACCAAGUCCCAUGUACCAGAAGAUGGGUCAGAGGAGCCUGUAAUUAAGGAAAUGGUGAAAGAAGAUGCUGGAAUUUCCAUGAAGCCUUCACAAGGUGGUAAUGAUCCUAUGGCUGAAGACAGUGAAGACAAGAAAAUUCAGGAUGUCUCUGUUCAUGAGCAGAAAAGGGAAACUUCAGAGGCACAGGAUGUGAAGUUGCAGAAGGAUGUUGCAGGUGCUGGUGGGGCACCACACUCUUCAAGCAUAGCAUCUAAUACCAGUAUUCAAGGUUCUGGGCAGGCCAGUGGAAAUGAUAGAAGGAUUUUGCAGGCUCCUCAAAUGAACAGAGAUCCUUUGCUCCGGCCUUCUCUCCAAAAUUAUGGUCCACAUCAUGAACAGAUGUUAUCUCAUACUGGUUAUCCAGAAAGAAACUUACCCCAGGCCCAGUAUCCUAGGCAAGGACCCCAUGCAGAUGAGUACAGGAACUUGCUUCCACCUAGUCAAAUGCAGGGUAAGGGUCUCCUGCAGCCUCAUGUAGGUCCAGCUCCUGAUCAACAGCUGCCUAUGCAUUAUGGUCCUCCUCACCAGCAAAGGCCUCAUGUGCCUGAUCAUAUUCUACAGUCUUCAGUGCCUCCACAUCAAAUGCAACCUCCAAACCAGAUGAGGCCUCAAGGACCAAUUGGACAUCUACCUCAGCAAGGGCAGCCUCCAAAUCCACCAGAACAUCUUCAGUCUUCACUGGCAAAGCAGCCUCAUGUUACUUUUCAUCAAGAAAUUCUGCCAAGUGGCUUUUCAGGCCCUGGAUCCUCAUCCUCAUUUGGGAGGGGGCCAGUUAAUUUGGGUUCUGCUAGAAAUUUUGAAUCACAACCUUUUGCAAUUCAAGGGCAUCAUAAUCUAGGAAAUGUGCCCCCUCCCCUAUCUGGUGGCCCAAGAAUUCCUCAAGGUGAGCCAGUAAGAGGACCACCAUUUGUUGGGCCACCACCUGGGGCAUUUGAUCCUCAGGGAGGUGUAUUUGUUGCAGGAGCACCACAUGAGAAGGUACCAUUUGGGCAGACUUCUGGAAUCCAAAACAAUACGGUGAAGAUUAAUGGUGUGCCGGGAAAGGGAUUGCCAGAGGAGAGGUAUAAACAUAUGCCGGAGGAGGGAUUCAAUCCACUGACAGAGGAAUGCUUUAAGCCUUUUGCUAUGGAGCCUAGUAGAUGCCUUAUUGAUCGAAGAGAAUUUGAAGAGGAUCUCAAACAGUUUCCUAGACCCACUCGUCUUGAUGCUGAGCCUGUCUCAAAGUUUGAGAAUUACUUUUCCUCAUCACGGACUCUUGACAGGGGUCCUCAUGGUUUUAACAUGGAUUCUACAACAAAACCUCUUGAUAGGGCACCUGGGUUUGGUCUCGAUGCUGGAUCCAAGUUGGAUGGUAGUGCCAGUGGUUCAUCUUUGAGACUGUUGCCUCCUUAUCAGCCUGGUGGACCAUCAAUGCAUCCUUUGGACGUGGGAGAAAGAUCAAGGCCAAUUGGUUUUCAUGAUGACAUCAUGGGGAGGAAACCAGAUCCUGCAGGGUCUAACUCAGAUUUUCUUAGACCUGUUUCUGAAUUUGGUCGGCAUCGUGCUGAUGGUUUGUCUCCGAGAAGUCCUGGUAGAGAUUAUCCUGGCAUUCCUACUGGUAGAUUUGGGGGGGCAUCUCAUCUGGAUAAUAUUGAAGAGAGGGAAUCACAUACAUUUGGUGAAAGAUCCAAUUCCUUCAAUCUUCCUCAAGAUCCAGUUGGUAGUGCAUUUCAUGAACGUAGGUUUUUGCCCAGCCAUUUGCGGCGGGGUGAACCUGAUGGUCCUGGCAACUUGCGUACUGGUGAGCAGAUAUUGCCUGGGGCCCUGCCUCCCCACUUGAGGGGUGGUGAUUUAGUGGGUUCUGAUAUCCUUCCUAGUCAUUUACGGAGCCGUGAGCCUGUUGGACAUGGAGCUCUGAGUCAUUUGCGCAGCGGAGAACAUGUAGGCCCUCGUGGUUUGCCAAGUCAUUUGCAUAUGGGGGAGACAGCUGGUUUUGGUGCCUUGCCUGCACACUUACGAAUGGGAGAAUUGGCUGGCCCUGGAAAUUUACCUUCACGUCUCCGUAUUGGUGAAGCAAUUGGAGGAGGCAACUUGUCAACUCAUUCAAGGCGUGGUGAGCCUGGUUUUGGCAACAAUUACUCUAUGCAGGGAUAUCCAAGUGAUGGUGGAUUUUACCCUGGAGAUAAGGAGUUGUUCAAUCAUUCAAGAAAGAGGAAGCCUGGGAGCAUGGGAUGGUGUCGCAUAUGCAAAGUUGACUGUGAAACAGUUGAGGGUCUUGACCUCCAUUCACAAACCAGAGAGCACCAAAAGAUGGCAAUGGACAUGGUCUUAAGCAUCAAACAGGACAAUGCAAAGAAACAUAAGCCAGCAUCAGAUGACAAUGCCUCAGUGGAUGACACAAGCAAGUCCAGGAAGGCCAGUUUUGAGAGUCGUGGAAGCAAGCAUUAGGGCAAUAUGGACUACUGCAACAUGCAUUGUUGGCAAUGCUAGAGAAGUUUAUUGGAUGCUGACUGUGAUUCAUAUGUUAUUUCAUCAGUAAUUUUGCGUUGGUUAUGGAGACAUGUAGGUGAUUCACCCUCUUAUGUCUGCCUUAUACUUUCAGGGUGGUUUAUGCUAGUUUUGGUGUUUCAGGUUGUUGCUGUUUAAUGAAGAUGGUUAUUUUUGGAACUGAAGUUUCUGUGGCAAGUUAAGUUGGUCUUGUUUAUAGCUGCGACUUCUUUAGCUUUCAAUGGAAUUGGCUAAUAUUAAUGCUGUAUCUUUUUCUUGGUAAUGGUACUAAGAUGUAGUUUUUAUUA